CGUCUCAACUGCCCUCUCACAAGCAGCUACUACAGCAAACACCAAGACUUCUCUUUCUCCCUUUUGCUUCUUGUUCUAUCCUGCCUGUGGCAGAUCACAUUCUUUACAAUCACUGCGCGCUGCUGAAGAACUAGAUUCGACAAUCUACCGCUCUUCAUAUCAAACCCGCUUCGCUCAGCACAUUUCAGAUACCCAGAAACACAUUCAUUCCGUCGCUCAGCUGGUCUAGCGAUUUCCAACAGAGAAUAGCCUUUUCUCACCUCAUUCUUUCAAACACAAACAUGUUCUCCAAAACCACUCUUCUCAUGGCGCUUGCCGCCAGCGCCUCCGCCCACAUGAGGAUGGCUCAUCCAAAGCCUUAUGGCUUCGCCACCCUCAACAGCUCCCCCCUGGAGCCCGCCGACUUCCCUUGCAAGCAACGUCCUGGUGUAUAUGACAUCACUGAGAUGAACCAGUGGAACGCCGGUGAGACUCAACAGGUCUCUUUCCUGGGCUCUGCUGUUCAUGGCGGCGGUUCGUGCCAGUUCUCCAUUACUACUGACCAACAACCAUCUGAAUCAUCUCAAUGGAAGGUCAUUGAGAGCGUUGUUGGCGGAUGUCCCUCAAAUGCUACUGGCAAUCUUCCUCAAAACCCAGACGGCACUGAGGCUGCCACUUUCCCUGUCAAGAUGCCAGAAAACAUUCCCGAUGGUCAGUACACGUUCGCCUGGACUUGGAUUAACAAGGUCGGCAACCGCGAGUUUUACAUGAACUGCGCACCCAUUCAGGUCGGAAGCGCUACUACUAAGCGUGCCACUGCAAGCGCCGCUGAGGCCCUCGCAUCUCUCCCAGACAUGUUCGUUGCCAAUCUACCCGCAACCGAGUGCAGCACUGCAGAGAAUGAAGACUUUGUCUACCCAGAGCCGGGCAAGAACCUCGUCGAGGGCAACGGUGCUGCACUGGGUGACACCCUGACUGGUUCUGGAUGUGCUAAGAUGGCCAAGAUGGGUGCUGGUAACGGCAAGAUUGGAACCCCCACUCAGCCUGAGGCGUCUCAACCUGCAGGAAACGAGACCCCUGUUGCCAGUUCUCCACUGGCUUCCCUUCCUGCCAACAACGGUGGUAUCUUCGCCCCUGGUGCUUCUCCAGCUCCUACACCCACCCCUACUCCCAUUGUCUCCAAGCCUAUCAGCGCCCCUCAACAACCUGCCGAUAGCACUCCUCAGCAACCCGCCGACAGCACUCCUCAGCCACCUGCCCAAAGUGCUCCUCAGCCACCCACCGAAAGCGCUCCUCAGCCACCUGCCCUCAGCCCUGCCCCAGAGACUCCCGAAAAUGGCACAAACACACCCUCUGGCAAUGGUGACUGCACUCCAUGCGACAACGAUGGUGCAGUCGUCUGCAUUGGCGCCAGCCAGUUCGGUCUCUGCAACCACGGAUGUGUGGUUCCCCAGCCCCUGGCCAACGGCAUGUCUUGCACUGGUGGCGCUAUCGUUGCCUCGGUCAAGAAGCGAUCUCUCCACUUCCCUCGCGCUCAUCUUCACCGCCGCCACGGAGCCUCUCACCUCAUCUAAGCAUCACGGCUCAUGCGCCUACCAGGCGCGCAAGACGUUCCUACAUACCCAAUUCAGCCGUUGGCUACGAAACGCAUCAUUUGGAGUUGGGAAUCACGGAUAGGGACAUAUAUGGUAUGGAUUGGGAGGGCUUUUGGGUCUUGGUGUUCAUAUCUCCAGUCACAUGCAGCAGACACCACUCGGGUCUUGCUCGUGACACUUCUUCUUCUUGUGGUCUACUUUUGUUACGUUCUUUCUUUCAUGCUCAGCUCUUGACCCGGCUGACAUGCCUUGUUUUUUUUUUCUUUAUCGA